UACAGGUGGAUAUGAGGGGUUACCUGAAAACAACGGGGUGGGUAUUUAAACUCCAGGCCGAAACCACUACAGUAGGAACACAUAGGGAUUGCGAUUUAUGUUUACAGAAUGGAGGAGUUGAGGAGCAUCACGCCCUGAUCGAAUGGAGCAAAUCAGAGCCAUGCUUUGUGCUGAGUGACCUGAACUCUGCCCAUGGUACAUAUGUCAACGACUGUCGUAUCCACAAUGCAGCCGUGCGUCUAACCCCAGGCGAUGAACUGCACUUUGGCUAUGGAGGCUCCACCUACCAGCUAGCUGUGGAAAGCCCAUCUAUGCUCCCCUGCCCUCCCAAAAGCAUCUGGACAGCCAAUCAGAACUCCCUGCAGCUGAUAGAAGAGCCCCCCCUUGCCCAGUCUCCCUCCUCCCCCACCUCCCAGCUCCCUCUCCUACCUGGCAAUACUUCUGCCCCUGUUGCGUGGGUAUGGGGGCAAUCAUCUGUCACCCCUCAUCCCCCUAGCCGGGCUCGACCAGCCAGUGCUGGGACUAAACGGACUGGGCAGAGCAUCCCCUCCCAACAACAAGGGACAUCCUCACGAAGACCAGGAAGUUGGACUGGACACACAGGAAGCGGGCCCCCUCAGAGAACCGGAGCAAUAGCAUCUGAAAGUUCUCAGACCAUGCAGCACCUCUUACAGGAGAAGGAGGAGAGGCUGCUGCGGAUAGGAGACGAGAUCAGCAGGCUGGCUGUGUUUGAGAGUGAGUCCCAGAGGAAGGACAGGGUGAUUGCAGGGCUGAGGGAUGAGGUGUCAGCUCUGAGACACCAGCUGACCCAGAGCCAGCAGACCGACCAGGAGAUCAAACACAGGCUGCUCAGUCUGGAGAGGGACAUCAAUAACAAGAGGGAGCAGAUCCAAAGGAUGAAGGAGCAGAUGGUAGAGCUGCAGAGGGGCUCCAGUGAGGUGUUUAGGCAUUCGGUCACCGAGCGAGACCUAAAGAUUUCCAAUCUAAGAGGUCAGAUGGAGAGACUGAAGAGGGAAAGCAGCACUGCCUCAGGUCUGGUAAGAAGCUUACAGAGAGACCUGAGUUCGAGGGAGAAGCAGGCUCUGAAACUGGCGUCUGAGGUAGACAGACUCCGGCAGGACAUCCGACACAAGGACAUCCAACUGGGGGCUACUGCCACCAAGUUCUCCAAAAUGAGCAAGAAGCACCAGGAUGAGUUACUCAACCAUGAAAAUGAGGUGAUGACACUGAAGAAGAGCUUUGAGAGGCUGGAGGUUGCUUUGAGGGAUAAGCAGAGGCUCCUGGAGCUCCAAACAACAGAGAGGGACUUGCUAAAAAACAGACUGGAGAAGAAGAUUGGGGAGCAAGCUUCUAUGUUCGCAGAGUCUGAGGCAGAGAGGCACACACAACAAAAGAAGAGCAAAGCUGAGCUGGAUCUGGUGCAAGAACAGAUUGAGCACCUUCGUGACCAGCUGCUGUUGAUGUUACCCACUGAACCCUCUGACUCCACUUCCCAUGAUGCCUUCUCAGACCAGCAGGUAUUAGAGCAGGUGGCAGAGCUGCUAGGAGAGAGAAAGAGCCUGAUGAGUAAAUUAGAGGAGCUGGAAGGACAACUGAAGGAGCUCAUGACUGAACAGGAGGGGGCAGCAGAGGACACAGAGAGACUGAAGAGUAGGCUGGAGACCUGCCAGAGUCAAUUACAGGAGGCAUGCUCGGCAAAUGCACUGGAAAAGGCCAUGACCUCACUACAGGAGGAGAGUGUGUCUCCAGCUCUGGCCUGGGUCAAGGCUUCAGUCCUCUCCAUAAUGGCUACCCAGCUCCCACUGCUUCAGAGUGCCACCCAGGCACUACUGGAAGCUGGGAUAGAUGCUUCACAUCCCACUGAAGGAGUCCUGAGUGGCAUCAGUACACUGGUCAAUGAGCUUCAGCGUUUGAAGAUAGACCUGGAGGAGCUCCAGGAGAGAGAAGCAAAGUCCAGAGAGCUGCAGGAGCUUCUGAGCAUUACCAGAGAGGAGCUGGUGCAGCAGAGACAGCAGAUGACUGUGGCACAGCAUGAAGAAGAGGCCAGGAAGAAGGAGUUGGAGGAGCUAAAGGAGGACUUGGAGGCACUCAGACAAGCCCAGACUAAACUGCAGCAGGAGGCACAGACCCAGGAGGCCGAGUGGUGCACCAGGCUGGAGGAGGCAGGCAGGAGGGAGGAGGAGUGGCAGGAUAAGGUGAAGGGGGUCUUAGAGGAGGAGAAGGAGCGCUACAGGGUCUGGGAGGCCGAGUACAGGGAGCAGGUGCGGCAGCACGCACACACCAUCGUGGCCCUGGAGCAGCGCUGUGUCCAGAGCAGACAGAGAGCCCAGGAACUGGAGGAGGAGAGGGAAGCGCUGAUUGGACAGCUGAGAGCGUUGGAGGGGAAUCUGGAGAGUAGUAGGCCUGUGAUGAGUACCAGUCCCCUGGAGACACAGACUAAACAGGCCUCAGAGGUAGCAGCCCUGGAGGGUAAUAUCACUUCACUCAGGGCAGACUUGGCCCAGUCUCAGCUGGAAACAUGUAGCCAGGGUGACCUCAUCGUGGCUUUGAGUCGUGACCUGGCUGCAGCCAAUGCCAGGAUAACAGACAUGACAGGGGAGCUCAGUGAGCAGCAGAAACUACAGUUGGAGCAGCUUAAGGCUCUGGUCGUCGAUCAGAGGGUCCAACUGAGCACUCUCACUCAGAAGCUAAUGCUGAUGUCACAACUCGUGGAGCAGAAAGGGGAGGAGUUUGAGAAAGUGAGGGAUGAAUUGAGGCUUUGUCAGGUGGACCUGGAGAAGAGUCUCAGGGCAGAGAGAGAGAUGAAGGAACAGAGGACAAACCCAGAGCAGACCCAGCCUGUCCACUACUCUGUUGUCUCCUGCAUACCACCACACACAAAGGCGAGUGGAAUAACAUAAAGGCCCAUAUUCACAAAGAGUCUCAGAGUAGGA